AUGGUAUCCAUUCCCCGUGAGGUUGCUGGCGCAGCCUUAAUCGCUCCGUCUUAUCAUAUCACUGUCAAGGCGCUCGAUGAUAAAUCAUACUUCAGCAACGUCCGCGCAGUCGAACAAGCCAUGCCGGAUCUUCUUGCACACCAACAUCGGCUGCCUCACACUGUGUUCAGUGACUACAUAUACCGCGUGCGACUAUUGAAGCUCAGUGAGGCUGCAGCCGAGAACGAAGAUGAAACCAUAAACGCCGCCAGGGACAUCCGGAACCUAGCACGGCAACGAGCGCGCGCUCGCAACACAGACGAGUACGGUGUUCAGAAGGUGAAAAGCUUCGAAAUCUUUUGCAUUGUGCACAAGUGUGGAGUGCAAUGGUCGAAAGACCAUGGCUGGUACGACCCAAAGAUCAAGAGGAAGAGGUGA